UCCCCCCUCCCCAGUCUCUCAUGAAUAUUGAGCGGCCCCUGUUGUAUUUCCCGAGCUCCAUUGCGGAAGCCGAGACUCGCCAUAUUGUGCGGCGGCGGCGGCGCCGGCGGUUGAUCCUCGAGUCUCGCUCCGGCCACGGCCAGCGCACCCCCGGGCUGGGGCAGGAGCCGUCUUCACAGACUGCAAGAGAAGACUUGGAGGCCUGUCUGAUCUGUUCAUGUCUUGCCUGCUUUGUUUGUCCUGGACAGCUGGAGGAGUAUCUCAGAUCCCUGCAGCUCUGGAGUCAGGCAAGACUAGAGGUUUGUCAGUCUGAGGCAAUAACAGAUGGCUUGGAGAUUGUGGUUUCACCUAGAAGUCUACACAGUGAAUUAAUGUGCCCAAUUUGUUUGGAUAUGUUAAAGAACACCAUGACUACAAAGGAGUGUUUACAUCGGUUUUGUGCGGAUUGUAUUAUCACAGCCCUUAGAAGUGGCAACAAAGAAUGUCCUACCUGUCGGAAAAAACUGGUUUCUAAAAGAUCACUAAGGCCAGACCCAAACUUUGAUGCACUCAUCAGCAAGAUUUAUCCCAGUCGUGACGAGUAUGAAGCGCAUCAAGAGAGGGUCUUAGCGAGGAUCAACAAGCACAACAAUCAGCAGGCUCUCAGCCAUAGCAUCGAGGAGGGGCUGAAGAUACAGGCCAUGAACAGAUUACAGCGAGGCAAAAAGCAGCAGAUAGAAAAUGGCAGCGGGGCAGAAGAUAACGGUGACAGUUCCCAUUGUAGUAAUGCAUCCACACACAGCAAUCAGGAAGCGGGCCCUAGUAACAAACGGACCAAAACAUCUGAUGACUCUGGGCUUGAACUUGAUAACAACAAUGCAGCAGUGGCAAUUGAUCCAGUAAUGGAUGGUGCUAGUGAAAUUGAGUUAGUCUUCAGGCCCCAUCCAACUCUUAUGGAAAAGGAUGACAGCGCACAGACAAGAUACAUAAAGACUUCAGGCAAUGCCACUGUUGAUCACUUAUCCAAGUAUCUGGCUGUGAGGUUAGCUUUAGAAGAACUUCGAAGCAAAGGAGAAUCAAACCAGAUGAACCUGGAUACAGCCAGUGAGAAACAGUACACCAUUUACAUAGCCACAGCCAGUGGCCAGUUCACUGUUUUAAAUGGCUCCUUUUCUUUGGAAUUGGUCAGUGAGAAAUACUGGAAAGUGAACAAACCCAUGGAACUUUAUUAUGCACCCACCAAGGAGCACAAAUGAGCUUUUAAAAGUCAAUUCUAAGACUGAACUUUUUAUAGUCUAUUCCUUUAAUAUUAAAGAUAUGUACCAUUGUUACUUU